CCGCUCUCUCCCUCGCCCGGCCGCCCGCCCUGCCCCGGUGCUCCCCGAUGACAGCAGCGUCGCCCGCAUAAAAAAAGGCGCCCACUAGCGCGCGCACCCGCAUAUACAAACACGAAGAGGAGGAGGAGAGAGAGGGAUCAUUGAAAGCUGCACCCAUCAUCGAUCCGCCCCGGCCCGUUUGUUCGCCACCAUUCCCCCCCCCCCUCCGACCCCCUCCCAUCAUUCGCCUCGCCCCAAUACUCUCCGCCUUUCCCCCUCGUCGGAGCAGAAAAUUUUUAUGCGCGCUUUGGGAAAGCGCGAGUUAGUUUUGCUCUGAAGCUGCCUGCUUUUUAUCCAUCCGGAGCCGCGGGCGUUGCAGGGGGAGCAGAGGCGAGGCGGAGCUCCGUGCGCUGCUCCGGCCGGCCGGGCGUGGGCACCGAGGAGGCGGCGGCGGCGAGUGAGCGAGCGAGGGAUCUGCCCAUGUCGUCGGCGGAGGACGGGUACUGCAGCUCGGAUUCGCCGCGGGCGGAGUCCCCCGAGGAGUCGCAGGCGGCGGCGGACGCGGAGUCGCCUCGCGCCGGGGCCAAGCGCGAGCGCGACCUCUGCGACAUCCCCGCCUCGCCGUCGUCGCCGCUGCCGGCAGCUAAGCGCAGCCGGAGAUCGGUGGAGAAGCGGGUCGUGUCGGUGCCGCUCGCCGAGUGCGGGGACCGGCCCAGGGGCGCCAGCGGGGAGGGGCCGCCGCCGUCGGACUCGUGGACGUGGCGCAAGUACGGGCAGAAGCCCAUCAAGGGCUCACCCUACCCUCGGGGGUACUACCGCUGCAGCAGCUCCAAGGGGUGCCCGGCGAGGAAGCAGGUGGAGCGCAGCCGCGCGGACCCCACCGUGCUGCUCGUCACCUACACCUUCGAGCACAAUCACCCGUCGCCGCAGCCCAAGAGCAACAGCUGCCACCAGCAGGGCAAGGCGUCCCCACGGCCGGCGGCGCCGAAGCCUGAGCCGGCGGUUGAGCAGGCUGAGCUCGGUCCGGAGCAUGAGCUGAAGACAGAGCCAGAAGCGCCGGAGCAGGAGCUGGAACCGGAGCAAGAACAGGAGCAGGAGCUGAAGGUUCUCGCGAGCCUGGCCGAGCCGGAAACGGUAACAACCGCAACGGUGGCGCCGGUGGCCGAGGAGGACGAAAGCUUCGACUUUGGGUGGUUCGACCAGUACCCGACGUGGCACCGGUCGGCGCUGUACGCGCCGCUGCUGCCGCCGGAGGAGUGGGAGCGGGAGCUGCAGGGGGAGGACGCCCUGUUCGCGGGGCUCGGCGAGCUGCCCGAGUGCGCCGUCGUGUUCGGCCGCCGGCGCGAGCUCAGCCUCGCGGCCACCGCGCCGUGCUCCUGAUGGCAGCUUAUUCUCCUUUUCACCUUUCAUCUUCCUUCAGAUUUUUAGUUUUACUCGGAGCAAUUUGGAGGUACUAGUACAUAGCUAAGAUCGACGCGCGGGGGGAUUAUCUGUUCGAGGCCGGCUCCUGCCUUGCUUUCUCUAUCCGUGUUGAUUGGGUGCGCGCGCGCGUGCGUGCGUUCGCCAUCCAAGAUUGUCCCGUGCCUUUCAGAAGUGGCUUGCGAUGUGAUUCCAACCCAAAAAGCAGCGAAAGGUUUCGCAAUUUUUUUCUU